AUGUCGGACCGACCAGUCCAACCUGAUACACAACCAAUUGCUGGUCCAUCAUGUUCAAAUAACGAUACCCUAGUGAACGAAGAAUGUCCAUGUCCACCAUGGCAUAUUGAAAAAUCACUGGUUAAAACGCAACUUCAUGAUAAAAUAAGUAAAAAGGAUCUACCACAUUUGAUUAAAAGUGAAGCCGAAAUAUUAAUUGACUCAGAAUAUUCAAAACAUUUGCAAAUAUUUACAGAUGGAUCUAAAGACCCACAUGGUAAUACAAGUUGUGCAUAUGUUGUUCCAGAACUUAAAAUUAAAAAAGGUUUUAAAUUACCAAACUACAUUUCUAUUUUUAUGUCAGAAUUAAUGGCAAUAUUUCAAACACCUGAAAUAGACAACAAAACUAGAUUAAUACUUAAUACCCUUGACAGGCGAGAAAAAGGCAGUGUAAAGAGUCUUUACAAUGCUUUCCAAGAAACUAAGAAUGAACAUUUGGCAGACUUGUUAGUCAAAUAUGCUGCACUUAUUGACCUGAAAGAGAAUUUUAAUGACCCAAAAGCAUGGCCACCUGAACCAACCGAACAAAAAGAAAUGGAAACACACGCAGUUUUUAAGAUUAAAGACAUAAGGAGCCCCCUUAUGCACGAAUAUAGUAAAGGAGAUGUUUAUAGUCUUCAUGGUAAAAGUAGAGGCAAAGUGUUUAUAAUCAAUAAUACGUUUAAAGAUACAAAACUGGAAAGAACAGGAUCAGACGUCGAUGUAAAAAAUAUGACAGAUCUAUUCCAACAGUUACAAUUUGAAGUUGUAACAGGAACCAAUUUACCAGCAGAGAAAAUGGUAAGAUUUUUAGAAGAAGAACGGGAAAAUAUUACGACGUGGACCGACAUUGAUUGUGUUGUUCUUAUUUUGAUGAGUCAUGGAGAAGGUGCAUACAUUUACGGAAACGAUGACAAACCAAUUAAGUUAACAGAUAUUAUAGAAGUGUUUGCUUCAAAGUAUUGUGACGGUUUAAAAGACAAGCCAAGAUUAGUAUUUGUGCAGGCUUGUAGAGCAGUUAAACGUACCGAUGAAGAGCUAUCCAAACUAAGUGUUAAAUUCGAAAAACAGCAAAUUCAGCCUAAAAAUGGUGAUCAACGUGAUUCAGCACCUUACCAGACUGAAAAUCAAACGGAAGUAAAGCACCCAUCAGCAGACUUUUUAGUUGUCUAUGCAACACCAGAAGGAACACUGUCUUACAGGAACAUUACCACCGGAUCUUGGUUCCUGUGUGCAGUUGUGUGGAUAUUUAAAUACCAUGCGAAACAUGAAGAAUUACAGCAUUUGCUUAUCAGAGUAAACAGAUUAGUGGCAAAAGGAAAAGGUCCGGAUGAAUUUGGCCAGAAAUUGACCAUAUCGGAGGUUAAAUCAAACCUAAGGAAGAAAUUUUACUUCUUUCCUGGUGUUUAUGGUGACCCUCCUCAGUUGUUAGAAAAAUAA